AGGUCGUGAUUUCCGGUUAAAGUGGUUGAGGAGGGUGGGUUGCCUCAAGUUUCGACCUUGCAAGUUAGGUAUUUAUCUCAGAUGGCAUCAGAAGCAGAUGUAGGGCUGGGCAAUGAAUCCAGCAUUGGGGCAGGGAGUGUGCAGUUGAAGGGAUAUAUGAACUUUAUAAACAAAGUUCUUCAUCUGCCAUCCAUGCCUAUAUUCUGCGUCUAUAUCAUACUCGUUGUGUUCAGGUCAAAAUGGCAGCAAAAUACAAAACCUUUAACACUUCGUCCGGUGUUGGUGGUUUACAACUUAGUUUGCUGUCUAUUAAGCUCAGUAACAUUAUUAGGAUUCAUGUAUGGGUUGCUACAUAGCCCUCACAUCUAUGACAAAUCCCCCAGCCACUUGCUGGCCCCAUUCUACUUCACAUACUGGAUCACCAAGACCAUUGAGCUACUAGACACAGUGUUCAUGAUUCUAAGGCAUAAGCAGCGACAGAUUUCCUUCCUCCACGUGUACCAUCACAGCUCCAUGUUGCUCCUUAGUGACUUUGCCUAUCGUUAUGUUCCUUGGCCUGCCAUUGCUCCUAUUCUUGCCAUUAACUCAUUUGUACAUGUAGUACUAUACUUCUAUUAUGGCAUGACAGCUUGGCAUCCCAAUAUCUCAUUAGAGUGGAAAAAGAAUCUCACACAACUACAGAUACUGCAGUUUUUCAUAGAUUUUGUCUUUGCGGGUGUAGGUUAUGUUUACCAUGGUUUCUGUAUUUAUGGAUUUUUAUAUGGAUUGGGCAUGACAUCACUUUUCAUGAAUUUUUACCAUAAGGCAUAUAUACAUAAAAGGCCUGCUAAGUCUGAGUAAUUAGUAAAUAAUAUCAAUAGU